AGUCGAGAGCAGCACCGCGGCCCGCUCGGCGGCUGUAUCGCGGAUCGCCGCGGCGGAGGACGGCGAGGCGGCUGAGGACACGCCCCGGACGCGCACGCGAAAGCUCCGUGCGGCGACGCGGGAGAACCGCAGAGCCCAGGUGUUUUACCUCGUGCACUGGGCCGCCGCCACCACCGCCAGCCUCACCCUCCUCGUGUUCGAGAUGGUGCAGCUCUUUUGGGGCGAGCAGGUUCCCCUAUCGUACCUGACCGCGGUGUUCGACACCGAUGCGGUGGACCUUUUCGACCAGCUGGCCACGCUAUGCAUUGCAAAAAUGUCUGGGUCUGGAAGGUUGCAACUUGUCAUGCUGUUUUUGAACUGUAAAAAAGUUUGUAUUGCAUGACCAGCAAGAGGGGUACAGUUUUUGCUACACGGACAGGGCAUUUCUCAUGCGGAAGGUGCAUCAGGAAGCCCUCUAAAAGUCUGCGAUGCUAGGUUAAGCAUUACAGGCAUCAUGGGUCAUGAGAAGUAUGCAUGACAAAUCUUGCAUUCUUCCAGGCCCAGGCAUUUUUGCAGUUGAUACACGCGGGAGGGCUACCUGUGGCACCUGGGGUGUCUGGACUAUGCGCAGACCCCGCGGCCGUGGGAGCGGCAUAUCAAAUGUAAAAAUGUCUGGGUCUGGAAGAAUGCAACUUGUCAUGCUGCAUUUGGAUUCCAGAAAAAUCUGUAUUGCAUGAGUACCAAAAGGAAUGUGAUUUUUGCUACGCGGAGAGGGCAUUUGUCAUGCGGAAUAGGCAUCAAGAAGCUCUGAAAAAAUCUGUCAUGCCAGGGCAUGCAUCACAGACAUCAGGGCUCAUGCAAAACGUGCAUGACAAGUGUCAGAAUGUUCCAGACCCAGACAUUUUUACAGUUGAUACGGCAUACCUGGCUCCGACUCCUCGGCAUCUGCCUGGCCCUUUGCUGCGCGAUUUCGUUCCUCACCAUGCGGGCCAUCCUGAAGAAAGUGCUCCCGCCCAUGCAGGAUUCCUCACUGGUGCAGCUACCCUCGUCCACCUCCCGGACCACCCGAGGCCACGUAUCAAAAAUGCAAAUAUCGAUCUGGGUUUGGAAGAAACUCUUGUGAUACAACUAAAAUCAUCGACAUUAAGAUGAGAGCACAUCUAAGUGCAGCCGAGCAUGACCGGUUUUAUUUGAGACCCUCCGUCAUGACAUCAGUUGUGCGCACUACUUUCACUUUCUGCAUGUACGACAUCAAAUGAGGCCUUUAGUCUCGUCCCAACGUGGCAUCACAUCAAUGAAGCUGCGCUCUCGAUUAAUCGGUCAUGCAAAAAUGUUACAGAUUUAUUGCCCGGACCCGAAUGGGCCACACAUGCAAUACACGUUGACCUUUUCGUCCAGGCCCAGAUCAAUAGCUGCAAUGGAUAAGGAGGACCGCACGACGACGUCUUGUGGGCGAACACAGUGACUAGGAUUAGCGUCGCGCGAUGUUCGUUUCUCUCGGAAGUGCUCCUGUGCUACCUCCUCUUCGCCUUGCCGCUGAUUGCCUCGCACCACAUGGUAUCAAUUGCAAAUGUGUCUAGGUUAAUAUCCGGAUGAGUGCAGACGUUUGUCAUGCGCAUUUUUUCGCAUGACGCAACACGCAUCACAGAUUUGUUGAGGGCCUCUUGAUAGUACCUGUUCCGCAUGAGAGAUGCCCUCUCCGCGUGCCACGAAAUGGACUUCCGCUCCUCUGGCUGCUCAUGCGAAAAUGCCGACGUUUUCCUUUUCCUUUUGAAUUUGAGAAUAAAUAUGAAGGCAGCUGCAUCACAAGUCUUGCUAUCGUUCAGCCCCGGACGAGGACGUCUUUGCAAUGCAUACAUGGUCACCCGCCACGCCCUUUCGCUGGAUGACCACAUGAAUGCGGAGCAGCUCGCGGAAAUGGUGCUCAUUCGCGGUGUAUCAAAUGCAAAAAUGUCUGGGUCUGGGAGGAAGAGGAUAGAACUUUUGAUGCGUGCUGUGGGUCACACAACAAUCUGUGUUGCGUGAUCACCAAAAGCUGUCCUUUUUUGACCAACAUGCGCGGGAGUUUCUCAUGCAGGAUUGGCAUGAUAGAGAUUUCGCAGAAUCUGUCAUGCUAGGUCCUGCAUUCCAGACCUCAUGGGUCAUGGAAAGGCAGCAUGACAAAUCUCGCAAUCUCCCAGACCCAGACAUUUUUACAUUUGGUACGGUGUGGUGGAGCGCUACGAGCGACUUCUGCCCCCAGAGGACCUCUACACGGAAGACUUGCACAAAGUUCGGUUUUAUGCAUUGCAAAUAUGUCUGGAUCUGGAGGAGUGGUGCAAGUAGAGAGAAGUGUGCUCCUGAACUCCCAAGAACAUAAGUACUUCCCAACUCAUCUGUCAUGCGUGUUGCGGAAAAAUAUUCAGUUGGCGCUAGUUGAAGCGCAGCUUCUGAUGCGCCUUACGCACCACAGGAUCGUUCAGGUCUGAUCUGCGGUGCUUGGCUGCGUGCUGACAUUGGAGCUGGCAUGACAACUAUUAUUGGAUCCAGACAUAUUGGCACUCGAUAGGCGCCAGUCGUUCUGGGACUUUGUGUCGUACCCGGAAUUUUCCGAACUCCACGAAGUCAUGGGGCGCAAGAAAGGCGAAUUGGACACCCUCGCGGAUAAACUGCUCAUGAACCCCGCCAACCAGCUAUCCUGCGCGGGAACGUGCCCACCUUCAUCCCAUAGUCCAGACGCGACUCGUUCCAGACAAAAAAUUGAUUCAGACAUUUUGCAUGCAAAUAUGCACGACAGCUCUCUGUUGGUGGGUACGGUUUUGAGCAGCAUACCCGCGCGCCUCACACCUGUCAAAGGUUCUGGCGGACCGGAAGAAGUUCGGCGGGAUGGUCCGACACAUGAACACGCCAUAUGAUGUAUCAUACAGAAAAAAUCUAGCUGGUGCUUAGCACUACACAUGUGAUGCAUAGAAUGAAUUCCUUUUUUCGCAGAAGGAUCUCGCCACGGGGUAAGUAGUUCACCCAUAGCAUGCUGCUUGAGACUUCUUGCAAGAGCGCUUUUUUUGCGGAUCUAUUUUUGCACUAUGCAAGCUUUUUUCUGUGUGAUAGGAUGAGUGGAUCGCACAAACACGGCAUAUAUCAAAUGUAAAAAUGUCUGGGUCUGGAAGAUUCUGAGAUUUGUCAUGCAGUUUUUCCAAGCUCCGCCAAGUCUCGAAUGCAGGGCCUAGCAUCACAGGUUCUGCAGCCCCUCGGUGAUGCCUAUUCUGCAUGAGAAAUGCCCCCUCGGCAUGGCUAGAAAUGGGGACCUUUUGCAAGUCAUGCAACACAGAUUUUUGUAUGAUCCGCAACACGCAUCACAAGUUCGCAUCCUUCCAGACCCAGACAUUUUUACAUUUGAUAGCAUAUGACUCGUGACUUCGCGGAACUCGCAGCGGUGCUGCGCGAAAUGUUGGAGCAGAGGGACAGCUAUCAAAUGCAAAUAUGUCUGGGUCUGGAACGUUGCAGGACUUGUCAUGCAAGUUUUCCAUGACCCAUGAGGUCUGGAAUGCGAGACCCAGCAUCACAGAUUCUUUGAGGUCUCUACCAUGCCUUUCCUGCAUGAGAAACUUCCUCUCAACUUGGUCAAAAGCGGACAGCUUUUGGCACUCACGCAACACAGAUUUUUGCAUCAUUCAGAUUUAGCAUGACAAGUUGCAGUGUUCCAGACCCAGACAUAUUUGCAUCUGAUAACAGCAAAAAAGAAAAAGCAGGAUCCUAUGGAGCCGCGGCGGCAUAUUUCCGCAACCACGUGGGGCCGAAACCACAAGCGCUUGACCACAAGCACAUCAAGAAUGGGAGGCAGGAGGACUUCGCGCUUGCCUUCGAAGAGGAGGACUUCGGGCCCGCUCUAUCAGAUCGAUAGAGCGGGCGAAGCUGGUACAGGAUUUGUACUUUUGGUACUAAAAGGAAAAUGUAGUAGGGCGGGAAAGUAGACAUAAGGAUUUUUUAUCCACCAGCACAUGGCCCAGAAAUGAUAAUGCAGUUGUAAUAGGAGCGAGAAGGAGAACGAGAAGUUGAACUUGAAGUACAACUUCAACUACCUCUACCUCAAUCAGCUGCAGCUGUGGAUAAAGAGCGAAGAAACUACCCUACUUUGACGUGGUCAACAACACAGAAGUGUUUCUUCGGCAGUUGAGACAACCAUAGCCAAUUCACGGGCGUUUACGCUUAAGGAGAAAUUUUAAUUUUUGUCUUUUGAAGAAAUAACUUCUGUAUCGAUAGGUAGCUGAAUCGUGGAUCAGCAAGCAACAUAUGAAAUAGAGGACACGAAGAACGCAAAAAAGUAGAUUUAAAUGUUAUGAACUUUGUUGGGCUUUUUUUUCAAAAUUUGAGGAACUUAUUUAUUUAUCGCAAUAAAAAAUCGAAAUCGUGAACGACAACGAAAUGGAAGUCGGUUUUUGAUGUUGAGCCAGCUAGCUGUGAAAAAAUAUACACG